UCAACCUCAAAACAAUCUCCAUAAACAAAAAAAAAAAAAAAAAAAAAAAAAACAUUUUUAAGAAUUUCUUUUGAAAUUAAUUUUUUAAAAUAUUUUUUUUGCAAUUGAAGAGUCGAAGCCUCAUUAUUAUUUUAAACAAAUUAAUAAUAAAUUAAUAUUUCGCUGUCAUUAUGCUUAUGAUAUGAACAAUGAGUAUCCACUCCAUAACGAGAGAACGUCCUUUCCAACAAAAAUUUCUCACUUUUGCGCUUCAAAAAGACCCCAUCGAUUCCUCUCGACCCUUUUUCUGUGCUUUAUCCGAGUGCAGAACAGUAACCCAACUGCGAAUUUGAGGUCUCCAAUGUUAGUUCGUUCAGCAGGAUGCUUUCUGGGUCUCUGGCUUGAGGGAUUUUAGCUUAACUUUUUCCCAUGGAUUCGGGGUGAUUUGUUAAGCCAUAAACCAAGAGGCAGUAUCCAAGAACUGUCUUGAAAUUUCACAAAUAAAGCUGAUGUUAGUAACUAAGCAAUGCAGUUAUAUCAUCAUCCUUACUCUUUGGAUAGCCAGAAGGUGAGACUUGCCUUGGAAGAGCAAAGCAUUGAUUACACCUCGUAUCAUGUCAAUCCCAUCACGGCCAAGAACAUGGACUCUUCAUUCUUCAAGAUCAACCCAAGUGCUAAACUUCCCGUCUUUCAAAAUGGUUCCCACAUUAUUUUCGACACAAUUGAGAUAAUUCAGUAUAUAGAGAGAAUUGCAAUUGUCUCCUCAGGGACCGACGACAUAAUGCCAAGUAGCAGGGAAGUUGUUGAAUGGAUGCAUAAGAUACAACAAUGGAAUCCAAAAUUUUUCACUCUUUCCCAUAUCCCUGAGAAGUACCGCCUUACUGUCACCAGAUUUAUAAGGCGAGUGGUGAUCGCUCGCAUGGCAGAAACUCCCGAAAUGGCUGCUGCUUACCAUCGUAAGCUGAGAGAAGCGUACGACACUGAAGACAAAUUGAAAAACAAAUCUGUUGUCAAACAAAGCACUGACCAUCUAGUUGCACUUCUUGACGAAGUUGAAUCGAAACUAAGUGCAACUUCUUAUUUAGCAGGGGAAGAGUUCACCAUGGCUGAUGCCAUAUUCAUUCCAGUGCUGGCUCGACUCGAGCUAUUGAAGCUGGCAGGCGAGUAUAUAGGCAGCAGACCAAACAUUGCAGAGUAUUGGACAUUGGUGCAGCAGAGGCCAAGCUACAAGAAGGUAAUUGGAAAGUAUUUCAAGGGAUGGAGAAAGCACAAAACACUCCUGAAAACUUGGUGCUUUAUUCAUAUCAGAACCUUGCUGAGAAGAUAUUGAUGGAAAAUAAUUAUAAAGUCAUAAAAGUUUUUUUUUUUUUUAUAUUUUUGUACAUGAGGGAGAAGCUAUAGGGGUAAAAGGCUAAGGUGUAUCUAUUUAUUGCCAUUUUUUUUACCUCCCUUUUUUGUUUUGUUUCAUCAAAUGUGUGUUGUAUUGUGAUUUUCAUUUUUAUUUCUUAUUGAACAGAGGAUUGGAGGUUGAAUCUUGAUUUGGAUUUCAUAAAUGGUAUUUAAUAAUAAGUCAGUGUGCUAUUACAUUUUUA